AGCAAAGUGCCUAUAAAUUUGCUCUAAUGCAUGCUGUUUAGUACACAAACGCAACAAAACAAGUGAUCACUUUUGAGAAUUAAUUAAGUAGCAACAAAAUGGCUACAUUUAGCUCUUUGGGUUUUCUAGUAUUGAUUUUUGUGGGAAUUUUAGGUUCUAGCCAUGGCCAAUUGCAGCUCAAUUUCUAUAGCAAGAGCUGCCCAAAAGCAGAGAAGAUGAUUCAAGACUAUGUCCAAAAGCACAUUCCAAAAGCUCCAUCUCUUGCAGCUGCCUUACUCAGAAUGCAUUUCCAUGAUUGCUUUGUUAGGGGAUGUGAUGCUUCUGUGCUCCUAAAUUCCACUAAGAGUACAGGAAAUCAGACAGAAAAAGUGGCAAUCCCAAAUCAAACAUUGAGAGGAUUUUCCUUCAUAGACGGUGUGAAGAAAAUAGUAGAAGCAGAAUGCCCAGGAGUUGUCUCUUGUGCUGAUAUUGUUGCCUUGGUUGCUAGAGAGUCUGUAGUACUCACUGGAGGUCCAUACUGGAAUGUGCCAACUGGUAGAAGAGAUGGAAGAAUAUCAAAUUCCUCGGAAGCCUUAGCAGAUAUUCCAGCUCCAACUAGUAACUUCACUAGACUCCAGUCAUCUUUUGCCAAGAAGGGUCUUGAUCUAAAGGACUUAGUCCUAUUGUCUGGUGCUCACACCAUUGGAAUUUCUCAUUGCCCAUCAUUUUCAUCACGUCUGUACAAUUUCACCGGAACUUUUGGUACACAAGAUCCAUCUCUAGACAGUGAAUACGCGGCCAAUCUAAAGGCCAAGAAAUGCAAAUCCGUCAAUGAUAAUAAAACAAUAGUUGAGAUGGAUCCUGGUAGUUUCAGAACAUUUGACCUUAGUUACUUCAAGCUCUUGCUCAAAAGGAGAGGCCUUUUCCAAUCUGAUGCUGCCCUAUUAACAAGUUCUACGACAAAGUCGUUUAUCGAUCAACUAGUACAAGGAUCACUCAAUGAGUUCUAUACUGAAUUUGCUAAGGCCAUGGAGAAAAUGGGCAAAAUUGAAGUUAAGACUGGUUCUAAUGGUGAAAUUAGAAAGCAGUGUGCAGUUGUGAAUUGAUAGUUGAAAGCACUUUUUCCUUCGGUACCAAAUUUCUAUGAUUUUGCAUUUUGUGUUUAUGUCUAUUGUGCGAAUGCGUUUGAGGUACAUACAUGUAUCAUGUUUUUAUUUCCUUUUCUAAAUUUGUAUCUAUCCUAGUAUUUUAUAACUUGAUGGUUAUUUUCAUAAUAAACUGAGAUGCAAAGAUAAUAUU